CAUCACAAGUUCACAACUUCAAAGUUUCAUUACUCAUAUGAUCAUAUCAACAAUGGCGAUUUUCUCCAAAUUACAUCUUCUCUUUUUCUCCUUCAUCAUAGCCACAUGUACAAUUUCCAUUGUCUCCGGCACCGACUUCACCUUAACAAACCACUGCAGCUCCACCAUCUGGCCUGGAAUCCUCACCGCAAACGGCACACCAAUCGGCGACGGCGGUUUUGCCUUAGCCGCAGGCUCUUCCGUCACCUUAACCGUUUCUGCAGGCUGGUCCGGUCGAUUCUGGGGUCGAACGGGCUGCAACUUCGACGCAUCCGGUUCCGGAAAAUGCACCACCGGAGACUGCGGCGGCAAGUUAAAAUGCGCCGGCGCAGGAGGAGCUCCACCAGCCACACUCGCAGAAUUCACAAUCGGCUCAUCCGGAAAGAAAAACGCAGUGCAAGAUUUCUACGACGUGAGCCUCGUCGACGGUUACAACGUUCAGAUGAAAAUCACACCGCAAGGUGGCUCAGGCAAUUGUCAAACCGCGGGAUGCGUUUCGGACGUGAACGCGAUUUGUCCAAACGAGCUACGCGUUACGGACGCCGCGGGUGUUGUGGCGUGUAAGAGUGCUUGUGAGGCUUUUAAUAAGCCGGAGUAUUGCUGCACCGGCGCGUAUAGUACACCGGCUACUUGUCCGCCGACGAAUUACUCGAAGAUAUUUAAACAAGCUUGUCCAAGUGCGUAUAGCUAUGCAUACGAUGAUGCUUCGAGUACUUUUACUUGUACUAAUGCUAAUUAUGUGAUCAGUUUCUGUUCUUAGACAUAACAGCCUUUAUUAAUUAUUAUUAUUAUUAUCAACAAUCAAUAAAAAUUGAUCAUUUUUAACUUA